CCUUGCUCUCUCUCUCUCUCUCUACACUCAAGCAUCGGGAGCUCCGAUCCCUAAUCUCACCUAAUCUAUUUCCUCUCCAAAUCUCCGAUCUCUCUCUCGGUCUCUCUCAGCGACGUUGCUCUCGAGACCUAUUAUCUUCUUUCUUGCGCACAGAGACUUCAACGAGUCUAAGAUUGCAAAGCCAUGUCUUUUCCUUCCAAGAGACCUUUUGAAAAAAAUGCUUCAGACCCAAAUGGAAGGGGAAAGUGGCGGAAAACUGCACCUUCUGCAUCUCAGAUGCCACAGGGAGCUGUUGUCUUCCGCGUUCUUUGUCCCGUUUCAAAAUCUGGUGGCAUAAUUGGUAAAGGUGGUGGCAUUGUAUCAAGGAUACGCCAAGAGACUGGUGCGAAGGUUAGACUGGAAGAGAUUAUCCCUGGAUGUGAAGAGAGAAUUAUUGUUAUAACAGGCUCGGAUAAGGAUAUGGAAGUUAGCAGUGAAAAUGCAAUGAAAAGUGACGAAAAUGCUGGUGGUUCUGGUGGUGAUCAGGACGACAAGACUAGUGGUGAGGAUAAAGAAGAGAAAGAGGAUUCUUCUGUAUUAGAAGGUUCAAAGUCUGACAAGUCAGCAUCAUCAGCACAAAAGGCUCUCCUGCUCAUUUUUGAGAGAAUUAUUGAAGUUGAACCAAAAGAUGGUGAUGUCGAAGAAGAAGCAAGUAAGGACUUUGGUGUUACUGUUAGAUUGCUCGUUCAGUCUAGUCAGGUUGGUCACCUUGUAGGGAAGGGUGGGAGUGUAAUCAAGCAAAUGGUUUCUGAUAGUGGGGCCCAGAUCCAAAUCUCUAGAGAAAAACUUCCUUCUUGUGCUUCAGCAAACGAUGAAAUCGUGCAGAUCACUGGAGUAACUGCUUCAGCAAGGAAAGGUCUGCAGUUAGUUUCUCAGCUGCUUAUUAAGAAUCCACCCCGUGAUCCAUUUCCCGCUGUGAAACCUCCUGGUCCAUCAUCUAAUUCAUUCAGUCUAGUUCCUAGGCCAGAAGUUCAUCCAUCUAUGCAGCAUCUUCCUCCUCAAGGACCCCCAUUUUCUAACAGACCCUAUGAUGCUCCUGAUAUGCCUCCUUUUGCAAAGUUCCACGAAAGUUUUGGAUCAGGACAAGGUUCUUCAGAGCAGCUGACAUUCAGAUUGUUGUGCUCAAACGACAAGGUUGGAAGUGUGAUAGGAAGGGGUGGAAGCAUUGUUAAAUCUCUUAAACAUGAAACAGGCUGUGAAAUUAAGAUUCAUGAGACUGUACCUGAGACAGAUGACCGUAUCAUAGUCAUAUCGAGUCCAGCGCUCCCAGUUGAUAUGAUUUCUCCGGCACAGGACGGUGUCCUUCGUGUGCAACAUAGGAUUGCAAUGGCGGAGCCUGAUGGUGAUGACAAUGUUUCAUCUAGGCUUCUUGUCUCUUCCAACCAGAUUGGCUGCCUUAUCGGCAAAGGCGGUGCUGUCAUAGCAGAAAUGAGGAAAUUUUCGAGAGCACAAAUUCGAAUAUUGACCAAAGAGCAGCUACCAGAGAGCGUGCCAGAAAAUUAUGAUGUUGUUCAGGUAACUGGUGAACUUAGAGCUGUUCAGGAUGCUUUACUACAGAUAACUGAUAAGCUGAAGAAUCAUCUCUUCCGUGAUAAAUUUCCUGCUCUGAAUCAUGCUGUACACCCUUCCUUCCUUGACCAUCAGAUGCCUCCUUUUGGAGGAUACAUGGGAAGGAGGGAUCCAUCUCCCCCGAGAAUGUUCUCCAAUUUGCCUCCGUUUCAGAAAGAUAAUGUUGGUAGGCCCCAUGAGUUUGCUCACACAUUUCCUGGCCCUGGAUUUCCGCCUCAUGGUCGUGAAAGAAUACCAGCUGCUCCAUGGACACCCCAGGGCAUGAUGGAAGAUGGUAGUGGUUCCAUGCCUUUACCUGAGUAUCCAGGUGGAGCCUCCCAGAGAAGAAAGAUUGGCGGCUUUGCAGGCGGGAACCAUCAAGCUGUUAUCACCAGUACAACUGUAGACGUUGUCGUUCCACGUGCUCUGGUACCUUCAAUUUACGGAGAGGAUGGAGUCUGCUUAAGGCGUAUCUGCGAGAUUUCUGAAGCAAAGAUUACUAUUACUGAACCUGGACCCGAGGCUACAGAGACAGUAAUUAUAAUAUUUGGGACCCCUGAACAGACUCAUGCUGCCCAGAGUCUUAUCCAGGCUUUUGUAUUGAGUGAGACUGGUGCUAACUGACCUUCUAUAGUCGGAGGUUUCAAACUUUUGAGUGCGAUUUAAAGGGUUAUUUUUUCUACUAAACCCCCGGAGUAUUUGUUACCGUGGACUAGGUUUAUCGGGUAGUUCAACAUGCUGGAAGAGCUUUUAUCUUGCCAAUCAGGUUAUUUUGUUCUUUUUAGUCGCAUCUAGUUUUCUCUCCAUGAAAUUUAAGUUGUGGAUAAAGAAAUCUUUUUUAAAUGUUCUUUGUGAUGAACUAGUGUUUUGAUUUUGGUACUUGAAAUAUGUAUUCAUGGUAAUAGCGUUUAUGGUUAUUACUUUGUCAUGAUAGUAAUUAUGGGAGUAUUGAUAGCCUUGUAUGAUAGGACAAUAGGUCUAUCAUCGUUCAUUGUUUUCUGAAAGUUCCACCAGCCAAUGUCAACGCACAUAAGCGAAAUAAACGAUACACAUGGGCAUCAGCAAGAACGUAUACAUUUGACAUCUUCAAACACUAUGCGGUUUGUUUAGAGGAGCUCCAUUCCUUCCUUCUUUGUACUUAAAAAAAUUGUUCCAUUUACUCACUUAAUAUACGUCAUAUGUUUUAAAACUAGUGCAAAUUCCCUGGAAUUGUGGCUAUCUUUCUAGGAUUGAACUGGAGGAUUUCUUCACAUUUCUUAUCACCUCUAUCAACUCCACACCACAAUGGCCACAUCAUUGUGUACAUGUUUCAGAAGCACAAUUUAUAGCUGUGAAGUAUGACGAUGAGAAAUAUCUUUUUUGUUUCUGCAUGCUAUAACUAUUUGAUUUUGCAGAAUAAGAUGUGUGCGCUCCAAAUCCAAGAAUACAAAACUGCAAAUUGCAUUAACUAUUCAUCUUGAUAUACUUCACAGACUUGCAAAACCUUCAAAUUGUGGAUCUACUUCAGAGCAAUAACUCAUGUCAUACGUACACUCAUUUGGGUGCCCCUUAUCUUUGUAUAUUCUAAAAUUCUUAACAUUCUGAUCGACACGGCAUCAUACUUAACACAAUUCAACGUAUCCUAUACAAUCACAAGACAUGGUGUUUGUCACGUGACCUUAUUCAUUAUAUCCCAAACAGAUAAGUUAUCUUUCCAAAAAAGUCUUGCAAAAAGAUUGCUUCUAAAUGUUAUUACAUGUUAUGAUCAAAUACAGACGCUUGAAAAAGUGGAAACUUUUAUACAUUCUUUUGUAAAUUAUAAAAGCCUUCACUUCAAACAUUCUGAUGGACACCUGACAUGGUAUCAUACUUAUCACAAUUCAACGUAAAACUUCACUAUAGGUCCCUAAUGUGUUAGCCAAAUUUCAUUUGAGUCCUUAGUGCUUGAAAGUCAUCAAUAGAGAUCCCUAACGUUUUCUCCAUCAUCAAAUUAGGUCCUUUUUGAGAUUUUCUGUUAUUUAUUGCUGACGUUGACUGGACUAUCUUUUCUCUCCUUUUUGGCCCGUAACCCCCUACAAGUUUUUAAAUUACAAAUAACAUCCUUAAAGUUUUGAACAUUAUAGAUAGCUCCUAAAAAUUUUCAAAAACUACAUGUGAUCCGCUAAAAAGUUUACAACCAACCUCUUGAAAGUUUUAAAAAUUACAAAUAGCACUUUAAAAGUUAUUUGUAAUUUUUAGAACGUUUAAGGGGCUAUUUGUAAUUUUUUAUGGUCUGUUUGUAAAAAUUUAGGGGUCCAUCUAUAGUUUUCAAACCUUCAGCAGUUGUUGACAUAUUUUCUAGAAGGGUUUUUAUAAAAUUUUAGGGGGUUAUUUAUAAAUUUCAAAGUUUUAGAGGGCUGUUUAGAGAACUUUUAGGGGACCUUGCAUAGAAAAUAUGCAAAUAGACUCUUGAAGUUUGAAAAACUAUGAAUAGACCCCUGAUUUUUAUAAACAAACCCUCAAAAAUUUUACAAACAACCCCCUGAAAGUUUACAAAUAGCAUAUAAGGUGCUAUUUAUAAUUUUCAAAACUUUUAGGGGGUAGUUGUAAAUUUUUUAGGGGAUCACUUGUUGCUUUUGAAAAAAUUUUAGGGGUCUAAUUGUAGUAUUGAAAACUUUCAGGGUGUCAUUUAUAAUUUUAAAAACUCGUAGGGGCUUACGUGGUAAAAAGGAGAGAAAAGACGGUCCAAUUAGCUACCACGUCAGCAAUAGAUAACGGAAUAUAUCAAAAAGGACCUAAUUUGAUAACGGAGAAAAUGUUAGGGAUCUCUAUUGAUGACUUUCAAAUGUUAAGGACUCAAAUGAAGUUUUGCUACAAUUCAAUGUAUCCUGAAGGUUUCUCUCUUGUGGCAUGGUGUCUGUGACAGAGGUAUGCUGCCUUAUUCCUUGAAUCCCUAACAGAUAAUUAAUAUGAGUUAUUUUUUUAUAAUUUGCCAAAAAAGGGGAAUGGUGGCAUAUGAUUAAUAUGCUGAACACCUUCAGGAGAAAAGUGAAAAUAUUCAUAAGUAUUUGUCACCAUGCGUCAGGUUAUGUUAGUGUAGAACCUAUUCCUUCACUAGAUUUGAAACUAGCACACUUAACUAUCUAUAAUAUUUUAUCCAACGGUCAUAAUUUUCUGUGUUUGAGACUUUAUGAAUUGAUAGCAUGUGGUGUACAUAAGAGUGUAUAGGAUUUUAUAUAGGACGAAUUUUCAAAACCGUCCUAUUUGGACUUUUAAUCCCAAAACCGACCUAUUUACCUUUUAUUUACAAAAACCGAUUUGGUUUCAUCCCUAGCGCUAAAACCAGGUCGGUUUUUGCAAAAAAAGUUUCCAAACUUCAUGGGAGUUCAACUCCCGUGAAGUUUAACAACUAUUUUGUUAAGCUGCUAAACUUCACGGAAGUUCGACUCCCGCGAAGUUUGUUUUUUCUCAUCCUCCCCGUAUAAAUAAAUCCCUACUCACCCGCUCCCUCUCGAUCCCUACACCCACCAUCAAUCCUCAGAUCCAAUCUCUCGCCUCUCCACCAGCAAUGGAUCCCGUAUCAUCAUGGGGCCUCACUCCUCUCGAGAACACGAAGAACUUUACGUCCUUCGAUGUCAUUGAAGCCCUCGUCCUCUCCGCCUCCGUCCUCUGGUCUUCCGCUCGCAUGCCCUCCGUCGCCGUCCUUUGGUCCUCCGCUACCUGCGCCUGUGGUCCUCGGCCCCGGCUUCCCCUUCCUACUCGGCAACGCCAUUGUCCUCACCCUCUUCAAGUCCCACCGCCUCCCCCCUGCGACGUCACCACUGAGAUCUAGAUCUCGACCUUCGCUCCGCCGCCGCAGAGGUCUUCGCUCCCUUUCCCCGGUGGUCCUCGGCCUUCGGUCUUCAAGUCCCGCUGGCAGAGGUGGUGUUCGAGGUCAAGAGGGUCAGCGUACUGCAUGGAGGCUGAAAAUUCAGUUUGAAGUUAACUCUCGUGAAGUUUAGCAAUAUUUCAAAAUAGCUGUUAAACUUCACGGGAGUUCAACUCCCGUGAAGUUUGGGAACUUUUUUCGCAAAAAAAUGACCUGGUUUCAGCUCUGGGGAUGAAACCAGGUCGGUUUUUGCAACUAAAGUUGAAAGGUGUCGUUUUUUGGGAUUUAGUUUGUAAAUAGGGUGGUUUUGAAAAUUUGCCCUUUUAUAUAGUAUGCUUUAGUUUCUUAGUUUACUAUUAAACAUGAAAACCUUUAUUUGUCGUAGCAAGGAAUUUACGUGAAAAUCUCUGACUGCACUCUUUGCUUAAACAUUUAAGAUAGGCAGGAUUACCGAAUGUCAUUAAGUAUUUUGGAGUAAUGCAUUUUUCACUUAGUAGAUAGUUGAGAGUUGAAAGGGAGUUAUAGGAGUGUGUAACAUAUAUUUUCCUAUGUGUUGCCUAUUAUUAUCAUAUAUUACAAUGAUAUUUGGCAAUCUUCAAUGGUUUCGACUUCUUGCUAAACAGUGUGCAGAACUAUAACGUAUCGUAGUUAUAAGACCUGGAUUUUAAGUUUCAAUUUUUUAUUUGUCUGUUGUGGCAACGCAUCCAUAUUUUCAAGCCGUUCAUUUACCAGUGGAAUUAUGCCUCUGCUAGUAAUGCUAUGUUUAUUUAAUGGAGAAAAGCGAAUGUCGAUCAGUUUCAUUCAUCGUCGAUCACUGCAUGAAUAUGUGUUAUAUGCUACGCUUGAAUAACAAUGCCCUAAUCAUAUACUGUAAUGAUAUUAGGCAACAUUCAAUGAUUUUGACGUUGCUAAACAAUUGUGCUGAACUAUAAGGUUUCAUCAAUGCCCUAAGAAAUGGAUAUAUUCUUAGAGAGUAAAAUACUUGUGUGCUGAUUUAAGCAAUAAUUAUCAGAUUUAGGUUCUAUGUUUUAUUUUCUUGUCUGUUGUAGGGACACAGUGAUUUUGAAAAUGUUUGUUCAUUUACCGGUAGUUUUAUUAACUUAUUUAAUGGAACAGUAACAAGUGACAAAUUGGUUCAUCUUUGGUCACUACAUGUAUAUAUGAUGCGCUUGAAUAUCAGCGCUGUUGUGAGAUUCUUUUUCAGGUACAUCAAUAGUUAUGACACUUCGUAUUAUACAAUGGAUAAGUAUAGGACUAUGCUCAAAGCGCUAGUAGAUGGAAACUUUAAUUGCAUAAAUUUGAAGUUAAUUGUGUCCUGAUCCGCACUCCUACUUCUUUAGGAAUGCGAACUUUCUUAUAUUAUAUAUGAGAUGGUUCCAGUUUUUAGGAACAAAGUUCAUCAAAAAGGAUGGGGCUGUGCAAGAUAUUGUUUGAUGUUACUGCUUGCUUAUCCCACUGCUAGUGGCAUCAUUUUGUAUGGAUGGCUGUAUAGAGCUUCUGGUACUUUGAAAUGCAAAUUUAUAGUAAAAUUAAAAAGCCAGGCGUGGACACAUUUAACUUCGACAUGGAUGCAGGUUAUAUGGCAUUGCGUUUUUUUCACUCCAAAUAUUGGAAAAUGACUCAAUUGUAUGUUUCCUUCAGCUCAAAUGAUUACUUUGAUGUUCUGUGGAUGAAAGGUACAAAAUCGUAAUAAUAUUUGGGUCUUCAACAUGGUUGAUUGAACUUCUAGUUGUCUAUGGGACAGGUAAUCUGAAAUUGUGUAUGCGUGUUUCUAAGGUAAUAAAACUUUACAUACUUGUGGAUAUCCCAUAAGGUUAAAUACAUUUUGCUUGUUCUGGCGGAGAGCAGUUAGGAAACUGCAGUUAUGGGUCAAUGUUCUUGUAUGCGGAUGGUGCGCGCUCUAAACUUUCUUUUGUGUAGCUGCAUGAACAAGUUUAAUUUGCUUCUAUUUCAAAUUGUUUGUCUCAGAGCUACCGGAAUGAAAGGACUACACGGGAACGGAGAAUUUGAAGCCUUUUGGGGGAAAAAAAUGGAUAGCUGAUAGCAGCGUAUUGACUAUUUUUUUGUUAAUCGUGGUAACUUUGUAUGUCGUUGUAAAUUAUAUGUAAGGAACGUUAUUAUUAUGUAAAGUCUGCACCGUGGUUGAAACUCGUUCUUCAUGCGUCUGUCUUCCUAUUCUUUAAUCUGUUGUCAUCGGCGGAUGGCUAAUUGAACCUAUUAUAAGCAA